AUGGACAGGUUUGGGCUACCUGACCAGCAGCUACAGGAGGUUUUGGGUCGGAUCGGCUUGGAGCCACAUGGAUUCACUUUCACUGUGACUGCAGGCCUUCUCGCCUUGCAAAUUCUAUUUGGUGGAGCUGCUGGUCUUAUGAAACACGUCACGAAUCAAGGUUGCUUGCAUUUUUGGCUUAUUUUUCUUUCGCAGGGCUUGAGUCAAUUUGAAUGCUAG